AUGGGAAGGUCGGAGAAAAGGUGCAGAAUUAAAAAUGUGGUUAAGGAUAGGCAGAUUGAUGUUCUUCUUAUUCAAGAGACCAAGCACAGUAAUAUACAAGCCAGAGAUGCAAAAUCAAUAUGGCCAUGGGACAAUAUUGAAUUUCUGGCUGUGGAUGCUGAAGGGAAUUCAGGGGGACUGUUAUGUAUCUGGAAGCCAGAUGUUUUCUUCUUGUCAGAGUGUUGCAGCACCAGAAAUCUCAUCAUCCUAUCAAGUUUCACUCAUGAUCUUUUUGAAUGUAUUGUUCUUAACAUUUAUGCGCCGAAUGAUGCGAUUAGGAAAAGGAAGCUUUGGGAUUCUAUAAUUAAUCUAAAGCAAUAUUUCUUGAAGCCCUGGUGUCUGGGAGGCAAUUUCAAUGAGAUAAGGUACAUGUUUGACAGGAAAGGCUGUAAUAGGCGAGACAGAGGUAUGCUACAGUUUAACAAUUUCAUUGAACAUUUGGCAUUAGUUGAUAUCCCUUUACUUGAGAGAAAAUUCACUUGGUGUAACUCAUUGGAAGGAGAGAGAUGGAGUAAAAUUGAUCGUUUUCUUCUGGAGCCAAUCUGGUUAGAGAAAUAUUGUUUCAAAAUUUGGGGCCUACCUAGGGGAGUUUCUGAUCAUUGUCCCCUACUACUUAUGGAGGAUUCGAGGAAUUGGGGUCCCAGGCCGUUCAAAUUUAUAAAUGCUUGGGUUCUCCAUUCUAACUUCCUAACAAUAGUGGAGAAGUGUUGGGUUGAGUCCUCUGUCCAAGGUUGGGCUAGCUAUAAACUGAUGAGGAAGUUCAGCUUAUUGAAAUUGGAGUUGAAAAAAUAG